AUCGACAGCAUUGAAAACUACCUGUAAAAGAGAUUUGCGAGGCUGCAAGAAGGCUGGACCGCCGCCCUGUCAGGUAAAAUGAGCACAUUUCAUUUGCUUUGUUAUAACAAGCACUUUGAACUAACGUUUUAGUUCGUUUACCCUAUUAAAUACACUAGAAUUUUAAUACUCUGAAGAUGACUACCGAACAGGUUGUCCAAACUUCAGUCCCUGUCAACAGCAACAGUCCUAUUCAGGACUACGUUCACCCGGACGAUCAAACUCAACCUACUUUUGAAAUUUUAAUAUCAUUCGCAAAACCGUCUUUCUUUAUCCCUUUAUUCUUCUACUUUUAUGUAUCCCUGGGCGUUUAAUUAUAAUCCUCAAAUGAAAAGACAAGGAAGCCCAAUAAAUGUUUACAAUAAGUGGGCAAAGCAAGUAUCACAGAUCAACUACCCAUGGGUUAUAUAAUGGCCGUUUUACCAAAGCUAUUUCAAUGAGCGCUGUUGACUCUACUGUGCCUGUUUACACUUAGACAGAGCACAGUUCUCAGCAGGAUUAGCCCGUUUCAACAAUUUUUAAACCAAUAAUUUAUGUCAUAAAGAAUGUAAACGUUCGUGAAACAUUCAGUCAAAAAAUGACGAUUUUGUGAAGAAGGUCUUGGGUUUCUCCCUAUGAAAGGACACGAUGACCAUGUUAACUUUGUCUCCAACUGCACCGCAUGCUGUCGUGCAGCGUUUAGCUGUCACCUGUAAUAAGCUUUUGAUAACCAAGCAAAUAAUAACAACAUACGCCCUUCACGCUUGCUAUAGUUUCAUCGGUGUAAGUCCGUUUGUCAUGGUAAUUUACACGUGAGAUUCUCAAGUUAUUAUGAAAUUAUUUUCUUACUUAAAGCCUUUGGAAGCGUCAUUGAUGUCUAGUGGGAUCAUCGAGCCGUUUAAGACAUUACAUUAAUGCUACUGAAAUUUAUGCUGUAAACAGAGUGUACCCUUCCUUCCAAGAGGGAUUUCCCUAUGUGAAUAGGUAAGUCGAAUCAACUUUCAAUGGUUUAUUGGAAUGGUUUGGGAAGAGCUUGCGUGGCAAACAUAUGCAUUAACUCAUCGAUCACCCUGGCGAAUCUCUCCACAAAAUAUCAGAUCAGAUUGAUAUAUUUUUAGUUCUGGUUCAGAUAAUCAUUCUACCAUUUUUUUUAACGUGCCUAGAGCCACAAAUCAGAUGCAGCUCUAGAAUUCGCUGUCCCUUGAGGACACAUUUUUCAACCUUUUUAAGAGCCCUUCGAGCAUUAGUUGAGUCAGUCAUGAUUUAUAUUCCUCCUCAUAAAUUUCAGCUGAUGUAGAGGAUGAAUCCUCUCAUCGACUAUCUAAAAAAUAUUUGGAUUUUUCAUUUUUAAACUUUAAUUCUUGCUCAGAUGAUUUUUCGUCAAUUUUUUUCUACAAAGUCUUCCGAUGGGUCGGUCGUGAUUUAGGUUCUACCGGGCUGAUGAGGACGUCAACGACAACUUCAGCCCCAGGAUGGGACCGCUGAAGUAAGGCUGUUAGAUAUUCAGAAAAGUAGGUUCUACAAACAUUGAAACGAAUUCUCACAACGCACUGAGGAUUAAAUUAGCAUAUUCUGGUUAAUUCUCUUUAGCCUAUACAAGUUUGACUGUUUUCCGAAGGUCAAACGUUUCACGGGAAGACAGAAAUUAACGAGCAGGCUGGAUUUACAUUCAUUUAAUGUCCUUGUACUACCCAGCCGCAAUAAUCGGCUCAGGAACAAUUGAUCACCUAGAUAUUUCAAGUUCUAAAAACUUAGAAUUCACAUUGCUAUCAUAAUCAGUCAAACGAGAGUUUUACACUGAGCCUGAACAAUUGCGUUGCAGUUAAUCGUUUUUUAAACAAUUAACAAAGGAUACAUGAGUACGUGUAAAAGCAACAAUGUAAUAUUCCAUUAAUGGUAAGUCAUCAUGCGAAAAUAAAGUUUGAAUUUUAAUACUAAACAUGAAAAAUAUAUAUUAAACAAAUACAAAAGGGGAUGUUAAGAAAGCAGAAAACGCAAAUUGGUUAAUACAUAGACCGAUAUCAGGUCAGGGUGUGGUUUUUCUAUCUAUGGAGAGCUUUAUAUAUUAUAUGAUUUUCAAAAGACAGAAAUAAACACUAUAUCAAACAAGAUAUGAUACGCUGAACCCCCCUCUUAGAUAUAUGAACAAAAGGGGCAAAACAAAGAAAGUAAAAACCACAAAAUUACAAUGGAUAAAAGGUGAUACAAAAGAUAACACCUUGCACUCAAUAAAAAGCUUCGAACUACACGAGUCUGGCCCUUUUUUUUCCAAGUUCUAGCUAAAGAUCUUUUGGAGCAAAACUUAGAGAGUACUUAACCAAAGAAAAGAUAUAAAUAUUGGCUUAAAUGUUCGGCACAGGUGUUUCCGGCAUUCACGCAACAUGUAGGGUUUUAUUUUGUUUCUUUCCCAGGGUGAAAAGGAGGAAAAUGGUGAUUUUUGAUGUGAAAUGAACAGGGAAGAUAAAGAAUUAAACCCCUAAAUGAGACCAGUUUGGGCGUGGCUGCAAGGUUUUAUUUGACCCCCAAAGAAGAUCAAGGCAUACACCGACACAGUAUUAUGGGCUUUACUUUUUCUUUUCUUUUCUGUUCAUGUUUUUGUUAUUUGUCUUUGUUUUUUCCUUUUUUUUUUUCUUUUCUCCCUUUUUUUGUUAUAACUGGCAAACGUCUCAACUAAGCCCAAAGCUUUUGCCAACUUCGUCCCCUGGGUGAAGGCAGGAGGGGAACGGAAAAGAAAACUGACCUUAAGCUAGGCAAUAGAAACGAUCAGAAAGAUAUGCUGUCAGAAAUUAUAGCACGCUGUGCAACUGGACACUAAUUUAGGUAGACUGUUUAUUCCGAAACAAAUGUGGGAUUCAGAAAUUUCUGGGUGGGGAUGUGCCGCUGGGAGCCUGGAAUAACCUUUGUCAGAGCUAGUUCAAAUUUUGCUACCCUAUAAUAGCAAAUCCCCCUAUCCUAGCAACUGGACGUCUAGAUAAAAUCUUCAACCAUUUUCAGUUUCCUGAAAAAUGAAAUUCUAGAGCCAAACGCUCUGAUUUACCGGGAGUAAACUGUAGACUGUUUAUUCCGAAUACCUAUUAGCCAAAUGUGGGGAUUCAUCUACAAAGAAUUUGUGCCAACGUCAAUUGAGACACGGGCGGAUCUAGGGGGAGGGAGCAGGGGGUGCUCACUCCCCCCCCCCCGAGAUGACCUGCGGUUUUCUAAUACAACUGGUAUUCUGCAAAAAAAAGACUAUGUGGUUUAUUGGUGUUGAAGUAGAGCAAGAGACGAGUCACCCCCUCCUAAAAAAAAUCCUGGAUCCGCCCCUGUGAAAUAUUGAAAAGAGAGAAGGAAAGUCCUCUAUUAUGUAAGAAAGGACUGUAAUAAUCUCUUGAAUUUCCAUUUAUACUUUUUAUCUACUGUCUGUCAGCUUAGGGAUAAAAACAUCAAAGUUUGAAUUGCUGCUUUCGUCUUUGUUCGAAAAAUGUAAACUGACGUUUUUCGGUUUUGCUUAGUAUGGGAGAACGCAUAUCAAAAGAAAAUAACUAGCUGAGUAGCAAUUAUUUGUUAGUCAUGUAUAAUUAUAGUGUAUAACAACUGCCGUUUUCUUAAUAAUUGGUGGUAUUUACCGCCGUAUAACUGUUAUUUUACUGUGUGGAAAAUGGUCGUUUAUGCCAAGGAUUUUAUUCCCAAGAUCAAAACAUAAAUAGCAGAUAACAUCCUAGAUGUUAGUUUCCUUGAUGCCCCAAUGCAAUAUUGGUCAUGUAGAGAUCUCUUUCUUGUUUAAAAUAAGGCUAAUUUCAACUGACAUCAUGAAUAUUUAUUAUUCAGUAUUGAACAGCACAUUUACCCAAACACGACUGAUGAAAAUCAAUGUUAUGUCUUGGUGAUCAGGAUCCAUAUUUGUACAAAUGCAUAAGUUUUACCUGUAAAAUUACCCUUAAUAUCGACCGAAAAAUCGAGAGAAACUUCAGCCGUGUUUACAUGAAUGGCGAACCCAGACCUUUAGGUAAGGGGGGGGUCAUCCAGACCCUGAGAUAAGGGGGUCGCCCGGUCUCCCAAAAAAUUUUUCCGGCCCUUCGAACCUCAUUUUGGUCGAAAAAUAAGGGGGGCCCGGGCCCUCCGGGGCCCCCGGCCCGUCCCCUGGAUCAGCCACUGCGCAUUAUGUUAAGGAAUUCGUUAGACUCACUAUGAUCUUGGAAUUUUUUUCCUUGAUAUAUUUAUCAGUAUGAGUAAACCCUUUGCUUAUGGCAGUAUUGACCCUGAUCGGCAAGCGAUUUAUAGUCGGCUUACCCUAUUUGAGACUGAAAUCUGCGAUAACUGGGCCACACACUUUGAUGCAUUUAUUUUUUAUUACUUUUUUUUCUUGGAUGGUUGGGCUUGACUAAUAACUAGGCUUUUAAUAAAUGACAGAGAUUACGUGUUUACAGAGCAGACAGAAGCUCAGCCAACACACAAACUUAUGCUACCCUCCUCCCCUGAGGGGCAGGGAGGAGAAGGUACCUGUGCCCUGAGUACGAGGUUGACCUUGUGCCACGGAAUAAGAUAAGAAAGUUCUGCUUUUUUUACCCCGCGGUCCAGCAAGACCUGGAUGUUUCUCAAAACCUGGAUUUGGCUGUGAUGUAGACUGUCUGUGACGAUGGUUAAGAAAUGUUUGAUUCAUUUACAGGAAUUUGCGCGAAAUUCAAGUAAGUUAUUGAAAAGAGAAAAGGAAAGAUCUCGAACUUGUCCGGUCUGUAAUCAUCUCUUGAUUUUGCUUUAUGCUUUUUAAUUAGGUACAAAAGCAUCAUACGAUUUAUAAUAGCAUUAUAGAAUGCUAAUCAUUUUUGUGUCCAAAACCUUACACUUUUUAGAGGAAGAUUUAUCACAAUAAAAACUAACUAGCUAAGUAGCAAAUAUUUUCCAGCCAUGUAUCAUUUAUUAUCUAUUAAGUUGAAACAACUGUUGUUUUUAAAAUAAUAUGUGUCCAUGACCUCAGUAUAAUGGUUAAAUAAUUCUGUAGAGAAAAAUGCACGAACAUGAUAGUUAUUACAAUGUAGACUUAUAAACAGCUGAAUAUCUAGAAAAGUCAAUACCUGGGCUCGUAAAAAAAAUUAUUUAUCCUAGCAUUUUUUUUUUAUUUUGCAAUCAACCGAUAACACGAUGCAGCCCAAAAAUGAGAAAGGAAGAAAGCAGCCUAGAUGUCAGUUUCCUAGAUGCUCCAAUGCUAUGUUCUAUAGUCAUGGGGAUAUCCCUUUCAUGACAAUCAUAUGGUUGAUUUAAAUAUAAAUUAUUAUUUAUUGAACAGCAACUUUAAACCCGAAAUAUCGAUAAGUGUCAGUGUUAUGUCUUCAGUCAUCGGGAUCCCCAUUUUCACGAAUGCAUACCUUAUCCCUGUAAAAUCAACCUUGUAAUAUGGGAGAAAAAAUUCUACCGUGUUUACAUAACAUCUAAUAAGGAGCUCUUUAGGAAAUCAUUUAUUUGAUAUUUCUUCGUGAAUUAUUCGUCAGUUUUAGCUGAACUUCCUUCAGAUAAGCAAGCUUUUGCACAUGGUAUUAUUGACCAUGAUCCACUGCCCUGAGGGAUUCUCCUAAGAAAAGGUGGGUGGGACUGGUACGCGUUGAUUGCCUCUGAAAGCCGGCUUACCCUAUCUCAGAGUGGAAUCUGCGAUGGCACGACACACACUUUGAUACGUGAUCUCAGGCAGCUUCUAACAGAAUGUACUUAAGCUUUAAAAAACUCCGCUCAAAAAACUUCGCCAUCACUGACAGCAGGCGGUUUAAAAAAAAACAACAUCUCGUUCGCAUAUGGACAAUUCCCUAAGUCACAGUACACUAAUCACCAAAUGAUGAAUAAGAAAAUGGAAAACUGUAUCAUUGCCUUCGUCUGAGAAACUACAUCGAUUUGAUUCGAAGAAUUAGGGGCUGGAAGAGGGUUUAAUUAAAUUUGAAAAAAAAAUAGUUCAGAGUAAGGAUAACCUAAGUUUGAUGCCGCAAGUAUGUUUUUUCUCUCGAGCUCUUGAUCAUAUUCUAUCUUUUUACAAAAUUCUCAUGUUAAAUGACAGUAGGGUAAGGAUCAAAGAAACCGUUUGCUAUGAUACUCUCUAUUAUAAUGACUCGGUUUCAAGCUUUUUUAUAAUUCGCAUAGUAAAUAUGAUAUUCUUACAGCAUACUAUUUAAUUGAAGCAAUUUGAUUCGUGCUAAAUUGUAAGGCAUCAAGCCAAGAGCAGGUAAGUAACAAGUAAUGGUAGCAUAAUGAUUAUUUUGUUGUUUACUAAGCUGUGAUCCAUUUCGUUCGGCGAUGCAAUGGCCGCAAAAGACAUUCGGCAUAUCAUCCAAGCUUCUUUAUAGAAUUAUUGUCGCAGUUGAAUCGGCUGCGUGAAGAACAGGAAGAGUGUUACAUGGGUAGGUAUUUGUUGUAAAUUUGACUCCUUUUGCUAGCUUGUUAUCGAUUGAAGUUUUCACUUUUGUCAGAAAAACUGUAACAAGUUUUGUAUCAUUCUAUUGAAUUAAGACCAAGAUAUCGGUAAAAAGUGCAGAUUUUACUAAAUGCAUUAUUUGAAAUAGCUUUAAUUUAUGCUGUUCGCUGAAAUGGAAAUGCUAAGAAUGGCUACUGGUAAAAUCUAUUUUGUUGGUAGUUUGCUUUUCUUCUCUUUUGAUUAGUUGUUUUGAAAGUAUUGUGUUCAGCUGAAUUUCCGUUUACGUUGUAAAAUUUAACUUGGCUAUUUUUCAGGUUUUACAACUCUAAGACGUCUUUUGAAAUGGGGUUCAAAUUUAUAACUUUACUGCUAAAACUUUAAAAAAACGUAACAACAAUGUUUAAAACCAAACACCAUUAACGCAAAACCGAGUUUUUCUUGUGAAAGAUUGUCGCAGAUGUGCCUCGUUAACAAGCACUUAGCCUUCUUUCUCCUCUUUCUUAAUGAAUUUCAGUAUUAUAGAGGAUUAUUGUUUUGACUGGCUUUCAAAAGACAGAAAAAUAACAAAAAUAUGGGCAAGUUGCCAUUAUGCUGGCAGUGAGAAUCCCUUUCGUUUCAUGGAUGGAUACUUUGGUAGAUCGUCUCUCAUUGACAUUGCAGUAAAACUUAAGUCAUGAUGCUCUUGAAAAUUUAACUACUUUUGUGGUCUUAACGUUUUAUUUGCAUAUUUAUAAGAAACAAUAUAGAACCAUUCUCUCUUAAUAUUUAUCAUUUAUUUUGAAUGACGUCCUUUUUGACCAGUCCGAAAUUUUAUAGUGACAAGUACGUUGGCAAACCCUUACUAAUAUCAUACUUCUCUGAGGCCUUUCAUUGUUACCCAAGGUACACCCAACAUUUUUAACCUAUUUUACAGCCUAUAUGUAGUUAUUUUAAAUAUUUCAAUUAUUAACCACUUAUGAUUUUCAUAUAUACCAGUUAGUUUAAAUGCAAAAUAUUCCCCAAGGGUAUUAAAAUAAUAUUAUUAAAAUAAGGGUAUUGAUAUUUUAUGCAAAAACUAAUUUGUAUGUUAAUCUUUCUGGGUCAUGUUAAAAGUUCUCUCGCUCCUAAAGACUGCCAUCCAAAUGUUUUUACAUCGACUGCGACUACGACUCCGACGUUAUUAUUAGCUUGUGUAGACUAUUAGUCAGGAAGCUGGCAGUUCACGAGAACAUUGUUGAAUUUGUUGAAAAUAAUAAUGAUAAUAAAGAUAAUAAUAAUAAUAAUAAUAAUAAUAAUAACAAUAAUAAUAAUAAUAACGUGUAGUUCUCGAAAAUAUCCAUAUCCCCCCCCCCCAACCCUACGGAGGGCAAUGGUUAUUCCGAGGGGAGGGGGAUCCGAAAGGAGGUAAUUUCCAAGGGGGUGGGGGGUUGUUGCUCAGAGAGGAUUUUUUCCAGCGGUUGUGAGUAAGAUUGGUGAGUUAUUAAUAAAUAACAGCUUCUCUGUUCAGCAAGCUAUCAGUCAUUUUCUUGUUUCCGGUGUUUCAAAACAAGAAUUAUUGUUUGCGUUGAUUGUCUUUUAUCUACGGUUGGGUAAAUGCUUUUUUCACGGCUUGCAUGCGCGAUAGAUUUCUUACAUACAAUUGUCAUCGGCUCAUGAAUAAACUUCCGGUUAUCUAGCUGUUGAGUUAUUGCGCAUUUGAUUCACCGUAAUUUGGUCGUGUUCUAAGCCUUUUUGAAACGUGUUCUCAUUGAAGUGAAGUAAUGAAAGUUCACGUGAUGUUUUGUUUGAAUAGUAACUGGUUCUUUUGCAGAUAACAUUAUUCGUGUAGUCAGCAGUGUAAGGUAUUGCCUAUAUGGUUAAUUAUUAGCUAAUAACGUUAUCGAGAUUAUUAAACACUGUAUUAACAUAAAUGAAAAGUUUUUUUCUCAUUUUAUCGCAGAAAAAAAUUAUCUUUCGCAUAAUAAAAUAGUGCAACAACCUUUUUGACACAAAUAUUAUUUCCAGAGGGUACCCAACUGAGUUGAAAAAUUAGGAAAAUUCCAAGGGUGGGGGGUCUAAAGCACAAGUGCCCUCCGUGGAGGGGUAUGGAUAUUUUCUGGAACUACACAAUGACCAAAAGAUAACUAGAACUGAUUGAAACGCCAUGUUGUGUCUAUCACUACAUACAAAGAGUGACCGCAUUCUUUUGAACCCAGCGUUGUUUAUUUUUCUUUAGUAGAAAAAAUAAGUAGAAUACAGUACAUCUUUAUUUGUUCUGUUUUGAGUUGUUUGUUUUCGCUAAUUAGUUUGUUUGUUUUGUUUUGUUCUUUUAUUUUUUUGUCUUUUUUUGCCUAUGCUUGAAAAGUUUGGAACUUUGAUGGGGAAAAUAAUUAUGGGCAUAAAUCGCUGGCACUUCUAUUACAAAGUUGCAAAACAUUUUCUUUGGGUGUAUAAUUAUUCACAACUUUUACUUUUUCAGUAAAUACAGUACUGCAAUUUUUUAAUCAAGUUAUAGUAUGUCUACGUCAGACGAACAAAUUUCACUGCCAAGCCUCGUUUUGAAAUUGUAAACUUGCGACGUUUUACAUGCAGCUGUAAAUGAAUCAUUAAUGACGCAGGCCCACUCACACAGAGUGGAAAUGGAGGAGUCUUGGAGGAGAAAUUUACUCGUCUGACCAAAACAUUCUAAACAUAAGCGUGAUGAUUGUGAUAUGAAAUAUAGGAGGUAUAUUGGAUAUACAUUGAAAAAUCUUAACAACAAAAGGUAUUGCAAAACCAUUGUUUUUCUCGAUCAUAAGGGAAAAAUCACCCAAGUGUAGUUCACUCCGGUGAUUUAUUAUUUCAAAUACGCCAAAGAAACGUUUUAUUUUCAUUGUCUCAUGAAACUAUUGAGGCACAACAAAUCAGGCGACAUCUGACAACGGGGGGUUAUGAUGAAGGACAUUUUGAAAAAAAAUUCAUCCUCGCUAGUUUUUUUGUAAUAAAUUAAUUAAAUGAAAAACUGCAGUUGAAUGUGCAGGGAAAUCAAUUUAAAUACGACAAUUUAUCUGUUAAUUUGAAUAUUAUUUCCUCGUUUCAAUUUGUCAAUGGUAAAAAUACGUUCUUUUGAAAAAAAAAACGCGAGCACAAGCCAAUUUCUAUUUCAGCUUUUUUAUUAUUCAGAGUUAUUAUUUUUACCAUCGGUUUUGUUUGUUUUGUGGUUUUUUGUUGUUGUUCUUUUUUUUUAUGUUUUUUCUGGCAAUUUUUCUUAUUAUUGUUUUCUUUUUUCAAUUUUUUUAUUACAAUUUUUUUAUUGAAAACUCCACGGGGGCUUUUUCCACUCUGAUCUUACAUCAUGAAUAAAUAUUGCACUUCUAUUGCCUCCAUUGAAGCUCAAUCGCAUAUAUGAGCCGUUUUAAUGAGCUUGGACCUCUUUUCCCUUUCAAUACAGAUAUCUUACGUCCAACAGCAAUAGCUAUCAUCACUAUUUAUCAUUUAAUUUUAUUGCCAUUUUUUAUUUUGUCAAAAACUCCUAAGGGGGUUUUGUUUAAGUUGUUAAGUUCCAUUCUGACUGCACGCAUAUAAAUAAAUAUUGUACUGUUAGGUUUCUGCGAAGUAUCUCUACGAGCUGCUUUGAAACUCAAUCGCUUAAGGGAACUUUGGAGUUCUUUGCCCUUGUAAAUACAGCUACCUUACGCCUAACAACAGUGGCUUGAUAUAUAUUUCAAAAAUUAGCCAUUUACGGUGAUGACUUUUUUUGCGAUACCCAGCUGAUAAAAUUGAAUUGAAUGUCGUUUUCGGUAAUAUUCUUAUUUGCAACAAUUGGAAUAACAAGAGGGAGCAAAAUUAAGCCAAAGAACGUCUUCGGGUUCGAGUAAUUCAAUAGCAUAAUUGACCUUAAGCUACAUGCAGUCUGUUCUGCUACCGGACCACAUGCUGCUCGUAGCUCGUAGUUCUUAUGGGCAAAAAAACCACGCUUUUCCCGUUAAUUUGUACUUAAAGAAAUGUUUUGAGAGAAAAUAAUUAAAAUCCUUUGCAUAAGUCAAGCGAUUCACCUACUUUUUUUACUUCAUUAACGCACAGUUGUCUUAGACGAACGAACAAGCCGUCAAUCGACCUCUGCACAAGUGUUUCAUUGAGUGCCCUGGUAAGUAAAAUAAUAUUAACGAAGCAGUUUUAUAGCCUUAACAGAUCUUGAGCGAUGAACUUAAUACUUUUGAAAUUUGCGUCAUAUUCUAAUUCAUUUGAGAGAUUUUGUCAAAAGGCCGAAGUGCCAUCUAUUUGGUAGAACUGAACAUCUCACCGACAAUACUAAAAACAGAUUUUUAUAAAAGGCAAGCUAGGCGAAAAACGAUAAUAUUUAAAACGGCUAUGCAAAGUGAGGGGAAAAAUUAGUCUAGCUGAAUAUAUUUUUUUCUCUUUUAUGAAGGGCUGAGCAACUAAGUACGUUCGACGUUCUCAAAUUCAUCCUCCUGCUUUUCGAUAAAACUGGGAUAGCGGUACCUUAUUUUUAAAUCUUACUUCAGUCAGUGGAAGUAAUUCACGUAGUGUAUGAAAAAAAUUGGCAUGAAAAUAUAAUCUUUAGGAGAAGACAUCCUAAACUAAAUAUUGAUUAGAUGAGUUAGCUCAGCGCAAAAUCUUAAAGUGUAAACCUUUUUCUUUUUUUUCUUUUACUUCUUGUAGAAAACAAUCUGGCUAUAUCCUAUGUCCUUCGAACAACUUUAAUCAUAUGAUUAUGGAUGAAAAGUACCAGGCUAUACCGUUUUCAAAUGCGACAGCGGAAAAUGGAACCGUGCGGCCCAACAAGGUUGAAGGAUUUAACUUUGACAAAGAAAUUGCAAUGCUGCUAACGAUUGCAGCGACGAUUGUACUCGUUAACAGUGUAGUUUUUUAUCUGUUUAUCAAGGAGAAGGUUUUGCGAACCACAUCAAACUACCCACUUUUCAGCUUGGCUGUCUGUGACUUCAUCUGUGGUUUCGUCGUCAUUCCCUUGUUUACAACAAUACACUUUACUUCACUGGUUGAGUCUUCGGAAGCGAAGUUCUAUCUGGGAUUCCUGGUAACUGUUCUUCACAACUUUGUAGCUAUCGCCAUGGUGUACCAUAUUGUUGUUGUCACGGCAGAACGAUAUAUCGCCAUUAUCUUUCCGCUGAAACAUCGAGUGAUACGCAAGAAAUGUAUCCAGAAGGUUUUAGUUAUUGUUUGGAGCUGUUCGCUGCUGACGUCAUUGAUCCCAUACACAUGGAUUGAUAAGAUAUUUCCAGUAUAUCACCCAGAAUGUUCUAAAUACGUGCUUGGUUUCACCGCAUUCUGUCUGUUGUUCGCCAUGAUUGUACCAUACAUCUUCAUGGUGUUCGCGUUUGCUCAUAUGUCCAAAGCCAUUCAUGCAACAUCUCCAAAAAAGUACCAACGAGCGACCUUCCAAGGACGAAGACACAGUCUGCAUUUGAAGGCAACCUCGGGUGAAUGGAAGUGUUUGGUACUGUUUGCCAUCAUGGCUUUUGUAUUUUUCGUGUGCUGGGCUCCUUGGUUCGUGUUAUCUCUACUACACCACUUGCCAAUAUCCUUAAGACUUGGUCCAAUAUCUCAAGUCGCCCUCCUGAUCAGGUACACCACUUCCGUGGUCAAUCCAUUACUUUACACCUUUCUCAAAAGAGAUUUUCUUCGAGCUUUAAAGUUCGUAUUCAGAGCCAAUGGAUUGAGUAGGCGAUUAUCUUCCACCUUCUCAGUCUUCUCUCUGAGGCGACCAACCUUGCAGACAGAUCCCAAUCACAGCCCAGGAGAGUUUCUUCCAGGCAGAGACAGUCCGCCGCUGUUGGCAUUCCAGCGUGAAGUUUGUUUCGAGAGUACACUGUGAACUUCACUGAUCACCAUAAUUUCAAUAUAAGAUGAACAGAACUAAACGGAUACUGUUUAAGGUCUACUCGGGUAUAAGAUACUUUUUAUAGAGUAUUUUUAAUACUUCAAUCAUCAAACACUAGGAAGAGUGUUUGCCAGAUAUCCGAACCCCGAGAAACGAAAGCACAGUUUGCUUAACAGAACUAAACAGCAUACUGUUCAAGGUCUACUCUGGUGUAUUAUAAUGUUUCAAUUAUAUUAACGAAAGCACAGAGCUUGCCAGAACUAAAAAGAGAGGGCCAGUUAUUUAAACGGUGUUUAGCCAGUGUUUAACAAAACUGUGCUCUAAGCCAUUUUCAGUUUGCCAAACACUUUUAUCCAGUUUUAUGUAAACACCAUUCAUAGUGAACAGUUUCAUGAAAAUAUAAGGCGUAGAAAGGCAAAGCAUUUUUUCUUAAAAUAACCCACUAAGACAAAGAUCUGGAGGUCCAAAGAUUUCCUAAACCGCAGUUGAAGUUAGACUUUGUUUAAAUAACCAACCCAGACUGUUUUAGGUGUGCUCAUAGUGUAUUGUACAUGUAAUUAAUUAAUCAUAUCAGUCACUAGAAAGAGCGUUUGCCAAUUAUUCAGACACCAAGUAACGAAGCACACCUCGCGUUUUAUUUAAGUUUGUUUUUGAUCUUCGUUGGUUCUUAAUUGUGCACACCAUCGUUUUCAGGAGCCAUGUAUAAAAAACGUAGUACAGUGUAACAGUAUUUUGACGGAUAGUCUAUCACCAACUGUCCCAAAGACACGUAGUUAAGCUGCUUUGAAAUAUUACACAUUAACUUCAAUUUUGUUCUCCAUAAGAUGUCAGACAAAAAAAAGGUAGCCAAACGUUUUUAAGAGCUAGAUCCUUUGAGGAUUGAAAAGGAAACACAAUUUGAAUAGCAUUUGCGUUAAAACCAAUCGUGUUUAAAACUAUUUUAUGUGGGAGAGAAAUAUUUAGGAACAGCACUUUUUUACUGGCUACUUAGCUUUUUUGGGUGUGUUGUCUCCAGGUAUCUUAGGAGUGUAAGUAUAUGCACACAUGAAUCUUAACUCUAUGAAUUUUCGGCUCCUAUAAUAUAAUUCUGAGACAGUGGUAAAAAAUCAUUUUUGCAUAGGUAUCAAUUUGUAAUCAGGUAGUUGAUCUUUGUUUUUUCAGAUACGUUCAUUUUUGGGAGGCUUCAGGGUUUUCGUUUUAGAACACUGUCAGGCCAUCAAAAAUUAGAAUCAAAAUCGUUUAAUAGAUAAAGUCCAGAACUGGGAAAUGAAAGGAGGUAAAUAAGCAAAUCCUCAACAAGAUUCAGGUCAGUGCAAUUUUUGGAAUGCUUUAUAUUCAUAGAAAUGAUUUAACCAAAUCUAAAGAGCUUUGUAUGGAGACGCCCGGAGUAUUGGUGUCCAUCCGAAUGGGCACCAACAUGACGGCCGUAAACCAACAAGAACAUCUGUUACUGAGUUUUGGUACGGAAGCGUGAAUUAAUCUCUCGGGGAACUCGGUAUCAUUACUUUCAGGUAGCAAAGUUUUCUAAAAUGAGACACUUCUUUAACCUACAUGAUAGCUCCCGGAGUUCCUCCGCUCUUGGCGCCACGUAAAUGCCGCGUCAAGCAAACGCUUAGAAAAUCAAGCGUACUGAAUCACAAAGCUAAGAGUUACCCUUUCGAAAUUAAAAAUUUGUAUAAAUAUUAGUUUCUACCUGCCUUAAUACUUCAGUAAAAUAAAAAUUAAGGAGGAUCGAUAUUUCUUUAGUUUGAAUUUUGAUGACGUUAUGUGAAAACCAGUAAUUAUAUUUCUCACGCCUUUAAUGACAAACCAACAGAUUAGCUUGCUCGCCGGAAAACUUAGUACAAGUUGUAAAGUCAAGACGAU